UCUCUUGGCUCUUGACCUCUCCAGCUCUUCCCCUAGCCUUGAACUGCGCACCGGAAUGGCUUCUUGAUCUGCUCCUCUAUUAUCCAGCCUAUCUAACAGCAACCUUAAGUAGAGACCGGCUAAUCACUUCCUUAUCUAUCUUUAGCUAGCUAAUCAUCCGUCGACCAUGGCCGCUGUGAACAACUGGCUGGGAUUCUCCCUCUCCCAGCAAGAGCUCCCGCCCUCCGGCGCUGUCUCGGCUGACGUCUCGGGCGCCGACGUCUGCUUCAAUAUCCCCCAAGAUUGGAACAUGAGGGGAUCGGAGCUAUCCGCGCUGGUGUCGUCGGAGCCGAAGCUGGAGGACUUCCUCGGCGGCAUCUCCUACUCCGACCACCACCAUCACCAGCACAAGGCCACGGCCGGCAAUAUGGUCGUCCCCGCAGGUAGCGGCAACCCCAGCGGCGCUAGCUACGCCAACUCCGGCGGCAGUAGCGUCGGCUAUCUGUACCACCCCAGCUCCGCCUCUCUCCAGUUCGCUGACUCCGUAAUGGUGGCCUCAUCCGCCGGCGUCCACCACAACGGCUCUGGCGUGAUGGACAACGCCACAGCCAACAAUAGCAAUGGUGGCGGCAUAGGGCUGUCCAUGAUCAAGAGCUGGUUGCGGAGCCAGCCGGCGCCAGCGCAGCAGAGGGUGGAGAUGGUGGCCGAGGGCGCGCAGGCGGCGGCGCAGGGGCUCUCUCUGUCCAUGAACAUGGCGGCAGGGAUGCCGCAACAUCUCGGCGGAGAGCGAGGCGUGUUGGAGAGCGUGUCCACGUCGACGCAGGGAGGGAUGGCUGCUCGGAAGGAAGACGCCAUCGGUGCCAGCAGCACUGGUUCCGGCGCCGUGGUAUCCGCCGGUGCUGAUAGCACAGGCGGCAGCGGUGGCACAGUGGUGGAGUUACCGGCAGCGAGGAAGUCGGCCGACACGUUUGGGCAGCGGACCUCGAUUUAUCGUGGCGUCACCAGGCAUAGAUGGACCGGGAGAUAUGAGGCUCACUUGUGGGACAACAGCUGCAGAAGAGAAGGGCAAACUCGCAAGGGUCGUCAAGGUGGCUAUGACAAAGAGGAGAAAGCUGCUAGAGCUUAUGAUUUGGCUGCUCUCAAGUAUUGGGGUCCGACGACGACAACAAAUUUUCCUGUGAACAACUAUGAAAAGGAAUUAGAGGAGAUGAAGCACAUGACAAGGCAGGAGUUUGUGGCAUCUCUGCGAAGAAAGAGUAGUGGUUUUUCGAGAGGUGCCUCCAUUUACCGCGGAGUAACCAGACACCACCAACAUGGGAGAUGGCAAGCAAGGAUAGGGAGAGUUGCAGGGAACAAGGAUCUCUACCUAGGAACCUUCAGCACACAGGAGGAGGCAGCCGAGGCGUAUGACAUCGCGGCGAUCAAGUUCCGAGGUCUCAACGCCGUCACCAACUUUGACAUGACACGCUACGACGUCAAGAGCAUUCUGGACAGCAGUGCACUCCCCAUUGGCAGCGCCGCCAAGCGCCUUAAGGACGCAGAGACUGGGGCAGCCACAUCGGCGUCCCUCCAGCAGCAGCACGCCGGUGUGGUGAGCAGCUACGACAUCGGUGCACUUUCUGCUUACGGCGCAGCCUACCACCACCCUUCUGUGGCCGCCGCCUCAGCGUGGCCGACCAUUGCGUUCCAGGCGUCGCCCCUGCAGUCAUCCGGCGGACAGUACAUGUACCACCCCUACGCCGCCCAGGCGCAGCCGCUGCGCGGGUGGUGCAAGCCAGAGCCGGACCACGCGGUGAUUGCGGCCGCGCACAGCUUGCAGGAGCUCCACCACCUUAACCUUGGCGCCGGGGCUGGCGCCCACGACUUCUUCUCGCAGCAUGCCCAGGCGAUGGCGAUGCAGCAGCAUGGUGGCCUCAGCAGCAUUGACAACACCGGCGCCUCGCUUGAGCACAGCACAGGGUCUAACUCCGUCGUCUACAAUGGCACCGUCGAGAGCAAUGGUGGCGGCAGCUACAUGCUGCCAACAGCGACAGCAAGCCACGAGCAGGCAGCACUAGCCCAUGGACGCGUGGCGCAGGCUUAUAACAAUGGUAGCAUGAGAGAUCAAGACGACGGCAAGAUCGCCUACGAGAACUUCCUCCUGGGCACCACCGAGGCCUACGGCGGCGGGAGGAUGACAUCUGCCUGGACUCCGGCCUCGGCCCCACCAGCGACGAGCAGCAGCGACAUGAGCGGUGGCUGCAACGGCGCACAGCUCUUCAGCGUCUGGAACGAUACUAAUUAGGUCAGCUUCAAGGAAAAACUAACAUCACAGAGCACUUAGGGUUCAUGAGAUGGCCAUUAAGCUGUUAUUGUCAUGUUCUAUUACUAUUACUUGGUAGAUUCUAGCUAGUCGGAAGGGGAUACUUGGUUCUUCUGGAGAGGAAGGUGUAAUGGCUUCUGAGAGGGCUACGCAUUGCAUUGCAUGGUUCUUCAAUCAGUUGUGCUGUUAUUGUUUUGGGGUUAAGUUCAGAAGGACAUAUAUGUUGUCUGAUCAAUUGACUAGAGAAUUAGAUGGACUAGUGAUCAAUGGAGCUCAAAAUAUCCUGCUUGUAAAUUUUGAACUUCAGGGUGGAUUAUCAUCGCAUGAUGGUUAUCGAUGGGCGUAUCUUUAUGGCAUGAAAAACUAGCUG